UGUCCUUCCCUCUUAUUCUUCAACCCGCCAAUGUCUUCUUCACCCCUAAAACCCUCACCAGCUUCCCCAAAGCCUUGAGCUCAAUUUCAAUGUCAGACCAACCCGAAUCCACAAAACCCACUUCCCAAAAUGCCCUCCAAGCCACACAGAAUUACCCUGUGCCCCUCUCCCCGCCUCUCCCACCCAUCUCAAAGAACAUAGAGCUGGCGAGAGCCAUGUCCGCCUCUUCCAAAUCCAGCCUCUUUUCUCUGUCGCGGGACGACGUCGUUUACGAGGACCAGUGGCUCAUUGUUGUCAACAAGCCUCAGGGGAUUUACUGUGAGACUGUGCUGGAAUCGGUCCCUAAGCUUCUCUUUGACUCGGCCGAGUCAGUUGCAGGGACUGAAGCUAUAGUGCCAGAGCUCCAUCUUGCAAACCGUCUUGAUCGGGACACUAGUGGAGUAAUGAUAAUAACCAAGUCACAUAAAGUAGCUGCCAAACUUGUUAAGGCAUUUACUGAUCAUAAAGUUUCCAAAACGUACAUUGCACGCUGCAUUGGCUCAGCUCCGAAAUGGGAAAGAAUCACUGUUAGAUCGGGUCAUGGUCGGUCAAAGUUUGGGGCCUGGAGGGUGUAUGCUGCUUCAGAUGUAGGCCGGACACUUCCAGGUGGAUCAGUAGUCAGAGACAUGGAAACAUCAUUUGAAGUAAUAUCAAUAAAUGGACAAGGGAUCUUCAAAGAGCCAUCUGAGUUUAGAACAGAUGAAGAUAAUAUUGUAGUUGUUGAAGAAAAAUCUGUAGUAGAUGGAGAUGCAAAGAAGGAUGAGAUUCUGGCGAGAGCACGUCCUCGGAGUGGAAGGACGCACCAAAUCCGCUUGCAUUGCCAGUAUCUUGGAAUUUCGAUAAGAGGGGAUGUUAAGUAUGAGGGUGUCUACGAGUGGAAAGGGACAACAUAUGAAGGCCAUGAACUUCAUGCAGAAAGCUUGUCUUUGGAGCACCCUAUUACUGGUCUUCCUGUAUUAUUUCGAGCACCCCUACCAUCUUGGGCCAGCCAGACGUCGCAGCCAUAGUUAUGUGUAGAGGUUCUUGGUGUGACAUGUCCCGUUCGGUUUUCAUGCAUAAAAGGAGAAGUUGUAGGAUAUAGUCUUGGUGUAAAUCACCAUGUACUGACUACAGUUGAUUCAACUUGAAGGGAGCUGAGAUUUUAGACUUUGCCUGUUUGCAAACCCAUUCCCUUAUUCACUUCAUUACAAUUAACUCUCGAGAGAAGGUCUGAUGCCAAAAUUGAGCUGUCAUAUGCCUCGAGUUACCGCAGUAGCCUCCUCGUCGCCUGAGCUCCUUAUAUUCAAUUUUGAUUGAUCAUACUACUCUUGUAAGUAACAAAUUGCCAGGUAAAUCUGAUAUACCAUUUUCUUUUCAAAUUUUUGUGCGCAUAACUAGAAUUUGCGAUUAGCUUGUGUUGAUGUUGUCAAACUUCUUUUCCCUUAGAUUCAUGUACAAGUUCAUCUCAUAGUUGCUAAGAAAUGAAGAAAUAGGCGGUGAUGUGUCAUUAUUAUCAUUA